AUGGGGGUGGGGGCUCUCGGGCCUUAUCUUCCCCGCGAGUGGGCGGGCGCCACGUGGCGGCUGCUGCCUGGCCCCUGGGCCCCUUAUCUGCCCCUGCGCUGCAGGGCCAGCGCUGCCAUGGAGUGCCAGCUCCUGCCCGUGCUGCUGCUGCUGCUGCUGGGGGCCUCUGGGCUCCGAGGACAGGGUCAGGGCCCCGAGGAGGGGCCCCCCGAGGAGGAGCCCCCCGAGGAGGAUGGGGUCUUGGUGCUGACCCAGCACAGCUUGGACAGGGCCCUACAGGAGCACCGCGCCCUGCUGGUGGAGUUCUACGCCCCAUGGUGUGGGCACUGCCAGGCCCUGGCCCCGGAGUACAGUAAGGCAGCUGCCUUACUAGCGGCCGAGUCGGCCCGGGCCACGCUGGCCAAGGUGGACGCGGCCGCAGAGCCCGAGCUGGCCAGGGAGUUCGGCGUGACGGAGUACCCCACGCUCAAGUUCUUCCUCGACGGGAACCGCACCCACCCGGAGGACUACACAGGGCCCCGGGAGGCCGAGGGCAUCGCGGAGUGGCUGCGGCGGCGGGUGGGGGCCAGUGCCACCCGGCUGCAGGACGAGCAGGGCGCCCAGGCGCUGAUUGACGCCGGGGACGUGGUGGUGGUCGGAUUCUUCCAGGACCUCCAGGACGAGGACGUGGCCACCUUCCUGGCCCUGGCCCAGGACGCCCUGGACAUGACGUUCGGCCUCACUGACCGGCCACAGCUCUUUCAGAAGUUUGGCCUCACCGAGGACACCGUGGUCCUCUUCAAGAAGUUUGAUGAGGGGCGGGCCGACUUCCCAGUGGACACAGAGCUGGGGCUGGACUCGGGAGACCUGUCCCGCUUCCUGGUCACCCACAGUAUGCACCUGGUCACGGAGUUCAACAGCCAGACGUCCCCCAAGAUCUUCGCCGCCAAGAUCCUCAACCACCUGCUGCUGUUCGUCAACCAGACGCUGGCUGCACACAGGCAGCUCCUGGAGGGCUUCCGGGAGGCGGCCCCUCCGUUCCGGGGACAGGUGCUGUUCGUGGUGGUGGACGUGGCUGCGGACAACAGCCACGUGCUGCAGUACUUCGGCCUCAAGAGCGAGGAGGCCCCCACCCUGCGCCUCAUCAACAUGGAGACCUCCAAGAAGUACGCGCCGGCGGCCGGGGAGCCCGUCACGGCGGCAGCCGUCACCACUUUCUGCCGGGCUGUCCUCGGCGGCCAAGUGCAGGUCCCCUGCUGGACUGCCCACUGCGGGGGUGGGGGGUGGUCGCUCUGGGGGCCCCCCGUGAGCACUGGCCUGGCUCCCCAGCCCUACCUCCUGAGCCAAGACGUGCCCCCUGACUGGGACCAGCGGCCAGUGAAGACCCUCGUGGGCAAGAACUUCGAGCAGGUGGCUUACGACGAGGCCAAGAACGUGUUUGUCAAGUUCUAUGCCCCGUGGUGCAGCCACUGCAAGGAGAUGGCCCCGGCCUGGGAGGCGCUGGCUGAGAAGUACAGGGACCGCGAGGACAUCGUCAUCGCAGAGCUGGACGCCACGGCCAACGAGCUGGAGGGCCUGCGCGUGGCCGGCUUCCCCACCCUCCUGUACUUCCCCGCGGGGCCGGGCCGGAAGGUGAUCGAAUACAAGAGCAGCCGGGACCUGGAGACCUUCUCCCAGUUUCUGGACAGCGGGGGCGAGCUGCCCGCCCCCACCGAGGAGCCUGCAGCCCCCGUGCCGGAGCCACCGGCCAACUCCACGGUGGAGCCCAAGGAAGAGCUGUAGGCGGCCUGGCCCCCUCCGCACCCCCUCCCGGGGCGGCCCGGCCCCCUCCGCACCCCCUCCCGGGGUGGCCUGCUCCCAGCUGUGAAUAAAGAGGUUGAGUUCUGGACGUGUGCGUGGUUCCUGG